AUGUCAUCAACUUCAACCUCUCCAUUGGCGUCUUCAUCGCCAUCAAUCAAAAAAUCCAAAAGUUGUAUGGAUUUGAGUGUCAUCAAUAUUUCGCAUUCCCAAUCACAAUCCCAACUCCUCCCAGUGGUUCCGACAAUGAUGGACAUUGAGAUUAUGGGUGAUAGUAGCGACCACCACGCCGCCAUGAUGGAAGACUUGAAACUUGGCGAGACACUCUUGCUCAACCUGAUGCACUCACGUGACAAGAUUCCCAUCCUCUCGUCAUCUGGCAGCAGUUUCAAGUUGUCUAGUUCGUCGUCAUCGAUUCCGAUAAGACGCGAAGGUAGUCACAGCCAUCUCCCACACAACAACGGCAACGGACAUUCGUCGUCAUCGUCUUCCUCAUCGUCCCAUCACCACCACCCAUACGGUGUGUCCAAGAGUCUGCCAUCUACAUCAAUGAUUGAUCUCGGUCUCGACAAUAACAAUUCAUUGGCCAAGCUAAAGAAUCGACUAAAUUCUAGUACCAACAGUAUGCAGUCCUCCACCACCACAUCCAUGCAAUCGACUGCCAACUGCUCCCCACCCAACGGUCGUUCAAGAUCGUCUUCACCCAUCAGUACUCCACCAUCUUCAUCGGCCCACUCAUCAUUUUCCCCCAUCGCAUCGUCCUCAUCGUCAUUUAUCAAUAACAUCCUGUUGAUCGAUGAAGAGGAUUCCAUCACCACUUCUCCAGAGUCGGAUUACGAAUGUUCAAGACUCUCGCCACCUGUACAGUGUAUUGAAGAGUUGAGUUUUCCUCCCACCGCCGCCACCACCGGAUCCUCUAGUAAAACUUCUUGCAGUGUUCAUGACCUACUCGUUCCAACUUCAUCUCCUUCUUCAACUUCAAUGCCACCUCUAAAAUAUCAUCAUACCACCAGUAAAUCAAACCAUCAAUUUAUUCAUAACAAUAUUAAUAAUAAUAGUCCAGCCAAAAAUCGUAAAACCUACUUGACAAACCCAACGUCAUUAUCCACUACCGGGCAAUGUACCUUUGAUGACCCAUGUCUACUCUGUCGUCGCGGUACUCCUAUACUCCUCACCAAAACUGCUACCUGGGCCAGUAUCAUGAAAGUUGUCUUUUUCACCCUUGCCGACUCUCUUCCACACAAGACCUACUAUUCAUUGAAAAGUGAUGUCUAUGGAUUCAUGGAUCAUCACUGGGAUAUCUUAUCUUUAAAUAAGAAAAAAUCAACCAAUUGGCAUAAACAAAUUCAAGAUAUGUUGUCUCAUAGUAAAAUAAUAUUCGAGUCUGGUGUAGAACUAUUGGGACAAAAUGGAUUUUGGAGAUUGAAACAUCUAAGUGAUCCAUGGUUGGAAGGAGUGAUUAGUGGAUAUGGAAAUCAAACAUCAUCCCCCUCCUCCUCGACCAUUCAACCACCAUCACCACCAACACAAUACCAAAAUCUUCGAAUCUCUUCUUCCAAAGUUCCUCUAUCAAUGAUACGACCAAUCUUACCAGCAAAUUAA